GGCUCGCUCCUGAGGCGUUGCCAAAAAAGUACACCCCUUCGAAAAGGUGCGCUCGUCCAAUAUGGCCGAAAAAAGUUCAUUUUCUUUAUGCCGGGCUCCCUGAUGAUAAACUUUCUCUCGUGUGUAGAUGACAUUAACAUCUUUCUAUCGAGGACUAGCUGUGGUUGUGAGUGUGGGUACAUGCUUUGCAGCAGAAUUAUAUUGUCACAAAGAAGACGCCAGUUGUCAAAGUAAACGGGAAGAGAACAGGGGAGGACCGAUGGACAGCUACCCCCCUCCCACCCCGCGGCCUGAGUUGGUCGUGUUUGAGGUAGACUUUACCCUGUGGCCCUUCUGGGUAGACACACAUGUCAGCCCUCCAUUCAAGAAGACAAGUGCUGGCAGAGUGGUGGACAGGCACGACUAUGUUCUCCAGGGGUAUGAGGAUGUGCCUGAGAUUCUGGACUGGAUGAGCAGACAGGGGUACACCAUGGCUGUGGCUUCCAGAACUGAUGCCCCGAAAGACAUGAGGGCAGCUCUGAAACUGUUGGACUGGGACAAAUAUUUUACAUACAAGGAGAUUUAUCCUGGCUCUAAAACUCAUCAUUUUCAAAGGUUCCAUGAACAAAGUGGUGUACCGUACUCCAAGAUGAUUUUCUUUGACGAUGAGGAAAGGAAUAUCUACGACCUCAACAGGAUAGGUGUGCUGUCCAUCCUAGUGUCCAGGGGACUGACCACUCAGGUCCUCAAGAACGGGCUGGAGCAGUUUGCUCGGGAAAGGAAAUAAUUUUCCUGCAGAAGUCGAAACAGUUUUAUCGCACAAAACUUAUCAAAGUGGUAUAUUUUAGCAUUGUUUGCAUGAAAUAGUAAGAGUAUUGAUUGCUGCAUAGUGGCAAAAGUAUUCAUCAGUAUAUUUUCAGGGUUUGAAAUAAAAAAUAAUAAUUAUAAUAAUAUAUUGGGUGUACUUGCAGCCAGUGCCAUAGGCAGUAGGUACCCAAUGAGGCUGAUUAACGUGGUCGAGGCACAUCCUCAGGCACAGGACCCCCAUUUUAUGUCCCUCUCGGGAUGAGAUGAAAAGAACUGAGAUGCUAGGAUAUCUGUAGAUAGGGACCUGAGGUAAAAUCUCAUUCUCACUGUUAUUCAUGCAACUGCACGUCAGCCUUGCACAUGGUUUUAACCAAGCAGACCUUGUCAUCACAUCUUACUCUUCUCGACAAGUGUUUUGGGUUCUUUUACAUAAAGAGGUUUGAUACUUUAGUCAUAUGCCUGAAGCUCUAUCAUAAAUGUUCGUAUUGAGCCAACCCUGGGAUUGAACUCCAACCCACGGAUCCAGACAAUUUGAUUCAGAUGGCCAAGAUAGCAUUACCACUUGUGCAACAGGGACAUUUCAGGUUUUAAUCCUUAUCAGGCCAAACCGAUUUUAUUUCUUGUUUCUCGGAUUGUUCAGAAAAAAAAGAUUGGUCGGUUUGUCAAAAAAAAAAACUUUUCAAAAAGUCAGGGGUAGGAGAGAUCGGACAGGAAAACCUAAACUUUCAACAUUUAUAUAUAGGUGGACCCUGCGUCCCUUUUUUUUUUUUCAAAUCGGAAAAAAAUAGGGUCGGGAAUCCAAGAAACAACAAGUACCGGUAAAAUUGGUGUGGCCCUAGUGGGCUACUAUAAGGUUAUAAUUAUGAAUGCAAGUUUUCACUGUGGAAAAUGACAUUUGACAUCAAGGAAGAAAUAUUUUAGUUUUUGAAUUGUGUGUGUACAAUAUCUUUUGAUUGGUAUAACUGUCAAAAAUCUAGUAUCUAUUGAAGCAAUAAAAAUGGAUUAUAUUCAUAGC